UCCAACAUGGCCGCCUACGGAAGACAACCGGUUUUGUCUUCCACAUCACUUCAGAUCCUCUUUUAUCUAAACGGCUGGUAUUUCGCUGCUUUCUUCAUAGCCGAGUGUCUCAUGUUUGUCUAUAAAGGUGUGUUACUGCCCUACACUCAAUCUAAUCUCAUACUAGAUGUUGUUCUGCUGCUUCUCUUCUUGGGCCUCGAGAUCCUCCGACUCUUCUAUGGCUGGAAGGGAAACCUGUGUCAGCGCGCUCUGGCACUCUUUGUCAGCGUUUGUGUUCUGGUGCCCUGUGCAGUAAUGAGCAUCUACUACCUUAUAUUACAGACGUUUAUUUUACGUCUGGAGUUUGUGCUCAAUGCUGUAUUGCUCUGCUUUUAUGGUGUUGAGCUGGUUCUGGGACUGAUGACCAUCUCAGUUUUUUCAAGGGCAAAUAUUUCUCUGUGAAGCUCUGAAAAUCUCUAAUGUCAAGACGAAAACACGUGGAAUACAACAAGCUGCAGUCUGUCCGGUUGAGAGCUGUCAGGACUUGCCUCACAAAACAUGCACACACAGCCAUUUAAAGGGAUAGUUCACCCACAACAAUCAAUUACUCAAUCUCAAAUUGUUCCAAACCUAUAUAAAUUUCUUUGUGUAGUUAAACACAAAGAAAGAUAUUUGGGAGAAUGUUAGCAACUUAGAUUUCUGGGGCACCAUGGAAUACCAUGGUAUAAUUAUUUUUAUUUUUUGGUUUUGUUCAUUUGAACACAAAAUUAAAUAUUUUGAAGCAUUUAGGAAAACAAAGUGGGACACAUUUGACAAACCUUUUAAUCGUGGUAAAUGUUCCCUUAGAAAUCUCAGUUUCUAACAUUUUUCCAAAUAUCUUUAUUUGUGUUUAACCAAACGAAGACAUUUUUAUAGGUUUGGGACCACUUGAGGAUAAUUCAUGACACCAUUUUUAUUUUUGGGUGAACUGUCCUUUUAAUGUUUAAAAAAUGUAUUUUUCCUAAACAAAUAUGUUAAGCAACUCUCUAGUUUGUUAUGAAGUGAAGUGAACCUUUGUCAUUUUUUCAUAUAAUGUAAAUGUAUAUAUAUAAAUCUAAUGAUUAUUGUUAUUAAAAUGUCAUAUGAAACCAA